GGCAGCGCCGCCCAACUGCCGCCUAUGACCUGCGCCCUCCCUGCCGCCCCACCCUCCCACCGCUCCAUCCUUGGUUCCCUCACCGAACGCCCUCCCGACGACCACUUCUCCACCAGCAGCGCCACCCCGCUCCUCAGCUGCACCUCCACCAGCGAAUGGCUGCUUCGAUCAACAUCGACAGUUUCACGGCGGGCUGUUCUGCGGCAGGAGGAUUCGCGGCGUGCUGGGUGGUCUCGGUGUCCGAUGCCAUCGCGGGUUGCCUCCACUCCCCCGCCGUCGCCGCUCAACUCGGUCUUCGUCGGCGCCGCUCAAUUCGGCAUCUGUUGCCGCUCUCCGAUCCUCCUGCUUCGACCCCUCACCGGUUCUGACGAGAAGAAGUAGAGCUGGGAGGAUGCGGAGUGAUGUGGUGAGGAGCAACAGUUGCAGAGCAUUAGCACUGCGGCAACACACUUCUAUGGUGGUGUAGUGCAGACACGGACGAGGAAAAGAACGCAUAUACAAGCUCAUAUAUUUGUUAUCUUCUUUCCUGAAUCAUGAUUCCUGUUCCGGAACUACUUCCAUGUCCAAUACUUUGGUGUCCGACCUUGGUAUGUGUACAAUUCAGUGGGUGUUCUACAUUUUUUUCACAAGCAUUGAUGGUUAAAUAGCAGCAUCGGACAAAAAUUGGAUGAAUUAAUACGUCAUGUGUGUAGUAGCAUUGUUUAUAUCCCAUCUUUUUUCCACCAAAAAAAUCAACAUUUAUGCAUGGUGAUGGAAAGUAGUUUAAUUAUAGUCUUGGUAUAUAGUUUAUCUUUCAGGAGGCUAGAAAUUUAUUUAUAUUCUGUGGAGACUAGAGAAUUAUUUUCUAUUUUGUGGAGGCUACAGUUUCUUUUAAUAUUCUCACUUGCCCAAAUGAUGGGAAGUGAACAAUUUUUUCUUUCACCAAAACUCUUCCAGGGAAUCGUCGAAAUUGUCAAAAUUGUAUCGUACUCAUAUAAAACAAACUCAGAAUCAGGUUAGUCAAUACUUAGAAAACUUGCUGGAUAGAAAGAACAACCGUAGUUUGGUUGGGUUCAUCUUUGCACUGCUAUUUGUAAUGAUGAUGAAAGAUGAGUAAUACAAGUUUUAUCCACAGAAAGAAAGAAUGUGAGCUCCUUAAAAGCAUUAUAAUGCCAAUUUAUUGCCAUUCUUACUCUUAUAUUCAUGCAAUGUUGAUUUAUGUUCUUAUUGAUCAUUGGAUGGACUAUUUAAGUCUUGGUCGUAAGUAUUUACUGCCAUUUAUGAAGUUGGUAGCUCC